CUCUCUCGCAGAAGGCGGGGUUUACAUUAAGGAACUGCGUUUAGGACACAUCAGGUAAAACAAGCUGAAAUUAAUGAACUGUCAGGGCGGUUAGCUGAAGGCUUGAUCCAGGCGAAGACAGCUACAUUGAGUUUGCGAAAACUACUCUCAGGGGAUCUUUUAGGAUGUGGGGACCGUCACACUGCUGUUUGAUACUGUGUCUGUGGGCUGGUUUGGAUGCACUGCCAGUUGCUGUAGAUAAAACCAAAGUGAGCCCUUCAGUAGAGGAAAUGCAGCCGCCUAAAAAUGAAGACACUGGAUUGCACUAUGAUCGAUAUCUCAGGGAGGUUAUUGAUUUCCUGGAAAAGGACCCACAUUUCAGAGACAAACUUCAUAACACAGACAUGGAAGACAUCAAGCAAGGGAAGCUGGCUAAAGAGUUGGACUUUGUCAGCCAUCACGUGAGAACUAAACUUGAUGAGCUGAAGAGGCAAGAAGUGAACAGACUGCGCACCCUAAUCAAAGCCAAACAAGACAUGACUGGAGAUAAAGGUAUGGCAAUGGACCACCAAGUCCUUCUGAAACAGUUUGAGCAUCUGAAUCACAUGAAUCCACACACAUUUGAGGUGGAAGACUUGGAUCGCCUCAUUAAAUCGGCCACUAAUGACCUGGAAAACUUUGACAAGGACCGACACGAAGAGUUCAAGAAGUACGAGAUGAUGAAGGAACUCGAUCGGAGGGAACAUCUUAAGAAGCUGGAUGAGGAAACACGCAAAAAAGAGGAGGAACAAUAUGAAGAGAUGAAGAAGAAACAUGCAGACCAUCCCAAAAUCAAUCACCCUGGUAGUCAAGACCAGUUGAAAGAGGUCUGGCAGGAAGCCGAUGGUUUGGAUCCCAAUGAAUUUGACCCGAAGACGUUCUUCAAACUACAUGACACUAAUGGAGAUGGCUACUUUGAUGAGCAAGAGCUCGAGGCGCUGUUUACCAAAGAGCUAGAGAAGAUCUAUGAUCCCACACGUGAAGAGGAUGAUAUGCUGGAAAUGGAGGAGGACAGACUUCGUAUGAGAGAGCAUGUGAUGAAUGAGAUUGACACUAACAGAGACAGGCUUGUUUCACUAGACGAAUUUAUUACUGCCACAGAUAAGAAAGAAUUUGUAGAGCCAGAUGGAUGGGAGACUGUAGACCAGAAUCCAAUCUACACUGAAGAAGAGUUGAAAGAGUUUGAGGAGCAUCUCGCUCGAGAGGAGCACGACCUGAACCUGAAGACAAAUGACUUGCUGAAACAGCGGGAGGAGCUGGAGAGACAACAGGAACAGCUUAACGCCCAGAAAAUGGAACUACAGCGGGCAGUAGAGCACAUGGAGCAGUUGAAAACACAGAAAACAGAGCCUCUAGUGCAGGCCAAAGCAAAUGCAGUACCUUCCGCUGUGGAGAUACUACCUGGGGACACUCGGCCGAUGUCACAAGGUCACCAGCAAGAUCUUCCUGCACAUUCUUAGCAGCUCAAGCUCUUCUCAGUGUCUGUAUUGUGUAUGUCUGUUGUAUUUAAUGUCAAAUAUUUUCAUCCUCACUUUCAAAAGAACCAUUUACUGUCUCUUAGCAAAGACCUUGGCAUUCCUUAUUGUCAAACACAAAACAAUAUUCACCAAACUUUAGCUAUGGUAUCCCAAAGUAUGUAAUUAGUUAACUAUUCCCACUUUUGUCUACAUUCUCUUAGCAAAUGUGCAGAUAGUUUGUGAGGACAGGGAUUGUACUUGAAACUUUUGUUUAGAGAAGUUAAUUGUUUUUCUGUAUUUUUAUUUUUUGUCUGAUUUGCACAGACAUGGUCAUAUUUAGUCAUAUUAAAUGCUCAGCAUUCCUACUGUACUGCACUUCCAGUACUAAAAAUAUAGGUGUAAAAUUAAGUUGCAGAUUAAUAUCCAACACAGGAUAACAAUAACAACAUCACCACAUAUUUAAAAAACAAAAUCUGGCCUGUAUUUAAUUCAAUGACAGGUAUGUAUAUGUUUUUGCUUUAGCUUCAGUUCAAAGUCAAUCUUAGAUGUACAUAUUCUCUUAAAAUUAGUAUGAAUUGCUACUGCAACACCAGUGAUUUAUUUCAAGCUGUUUAACAUGCUUCUUUAUAGUAUGGAAUUAAACCAGUAUUCCACUAUAUAAAAAAGUAUGCAUUUAUAAAAAUGUCCAGAAAUCCAGUGAAUCAUGUUGUUGUUGUUUUGUUUUUUGUUUUUUACAUACAAUUAUAAAAUUCCACUUAAACCAGA